CCGGAAACCCAACCAGAUUCUCCUAUCCCUCUGCUGUGCCUUACUAGGACUCUAUGUGAUCUUUAUAGUCAUGAUAUCAGUGGACACUAAACGGGAUGUGACUGAGCUCUCCCCUCUCCCUUGCUCGAUCCUGGCUGCAUUCCUCCAAUAUUUCAUCCUGGUAUCUAUUUUCUGGAUGGCCGUUGAGGGCUACAACAUGCAUAAUCUCCUCGUACUGGUCCACCAUUACUAUUUGCCACGGUUUAUGAAGAAAGCUUCGUUGAUCGCAUGGGGUUGCCCUUUGUUAAUAGUCGGGAUUACUGCAGGUGCUUCAAGACAAUACUACGCACAGACAGAUUUUUGCUUCCUUGCAUUCUGGCCUGUGAUUGGUGGUCUCCUGAUACCUAUUGGUGUCGUCAUGAUCUUCAACUUUGUCAUCUAUGUUCGGGUCCUCAUGCGACUGAACAAAACUAUGAAAGGACAACACCUGGACAAGACGGACAAGCGCCAGCGGAUUCGACGUUUCCAGAACGCAGUUUGCAUCUUGACUCUAAUGGGUCUCACGUGGUCUCUUGGUUACCUGAGCAUCAUACAACCAGCCAGUGCGGUUGUGCAAGGAAUCUUCACUGUACUGAACUCUCUUCAGGGGUAUUUCAUCUUCAUGCUGUAUUGCGUUAGACAGCCCCAGGUGCGCUUGACAUGGCGUUCCCAGUUCAAAUGCUGCUUACCUAAAUAUUUCACGACGCCCUCUGCGGUCAGUUCCGGUUCUGGACAACCCAGCUCAACGCUCCAGAACAGCUCAGCAGACCUGAAGGACGGCCCGUUUCCAACUCGGACUCCAGCGGAAAUCCAGAGACAGGAGGCUAGCUCUACCGGAGAGACUUUCUAGAGCUUUGUAUGAUAAUGCUGGUACAGAGUGGUGAAGACAUCAUGUAGAACUGAUAGAUUUUGGAUUUGACCAUAGGGUCGUAGAAGUGCACACGUUCAAGUAUGUUUUUGAAGCGAUUAUAACAGUUUAUUCCGACUGUUCUAAGAAAACAUCACUUAUUUCUUCUGUUACAGAUCUUCUUGUAGUUGAUUAAAUUUCCGUUCGGAUUAUCGUUCAUAUUGCUCCGGUUGUCUCAUUUUCGCUCGCUGGACGUAUAUAGCA